UUGGCCCCGGGCCUUGACGUCACGCCGGGGCCCCGCCCUCGGACCCUGUGGAGGGACUCUUCGUGGCUCGGGCGGGUCCCAGGCCGGUCGCACCUGCAGUCUGCCCUGCUGUAGGGCCAGCUGGCGUCGGCUUCCUGGCGGGGAGGCGGGAGGCUUUAUCCUGAAACGCGGGGUGCUUUGAGUUCGAUGCGGGAGAAACUUUCCACCAGGGGACAGUGACACCCUGGGUGCAGACCGCAAUGGAGGAGCCCAGCCUGGGGUCUGCUCCUGUGAAGAAUGAACAGUGGAUGCUUGUGGUCCCUGGUGUCCCCGAGCCACCGAGAGUGAGGCCCGCCCCUCCGUGCCGAGGCCUGGCUCCAAGGAGGAUGCCCCAGCCGCCUGCCAGCUCCGGUCUACACCAUGAGUGAUGAGCGGCGGCUGCCUGGCAGCGCGGUGGGCUGGCUGGCGUGCGGGGGCCUCUCCCUGCUGGCCAACGCCUGGGGCAUCCUCAGCGUCGGUGCCAAGCAGAAGAAGUGGAAGCCACUGGAGUUCCUGCUGUGCACACUCGCGGCCACCCACAUGCUCAACGUGGCGGUGCCCAUCACCACCUACGCUGUGGUGCAGCUGCGGCGGCAGCGCCCUGACUACGAGUGGAACGAGGGCCUCUGCAAGGUCUUUGUGUCCACCUUCUACACGCUCACCCUGGCCACCUGCUUCUCCGUCACCUCCCUCUCCUACCACCGCAUGUGGAUGGUCCGCUGGCCCGUCAACUACCGGCUGAGCAACGCCAAGAAGCAGGCGGUGCACACAGUCAUGGGCAUCUGGAUGGUGUCCUUCAUCCUGUCGGCCCUGCCUGCCGUCGGCUGGCACGACACGAGCGAGCGCUUCUACACCCACGGCUGCCGCUUCAUCGUGGCCGAGAUCGGCCUGGGCUUUGGCGUCUGCUUCCUGCUGCUGGUGGGUGGCAGCGUGGCCAUGGGUGUGGUCUGCACGGCCAUCGCCCUCUUCCAGACGCUAGCCCGGCAGGUGGGGCGCCGGGCCGACCGCCACGCCUUCACUGUGCCCACCAUCGUGGUGGAGGACGCGCAGGGCAAGCGACGAUCCUCCAUCGACGGCUCGGAGCCCGCCAAAACCUCGCUGCAGAUCACGGGCCUCGUGGCCACCAUAGUCGUCAUCUACGACUGCCUCAUGGGCUUCCCUGUGCUGGUGGUGAGCUUCAGCAGCCUGCGGGCAGACGCCUCGGCGCCCUGGAUGGUGCUCUGCGUGCUGUGGUGCUCCGUGACCCAGGCUCUGCUGCUGCCUGUGUUCCUCUGGGCCUGUGACCGCUACCGGGCUGACCUCAAGGCUGUCUGGGAGAAGUGUGUGGCCCUCAUGGCCAACAACGAAGACUCUGACGAUGAGACCAGCCUGGAAGGUGGCAUCCCCCAGGACCUGGCGUUGGAGCGUUCCCUCGACUACAGCUAUGGAGGUGAUUUUGUGGCCCUGGAUAGGAUGGCCAAGUAUGAGAUCUCUGCCCUGGAGGAGGGCCUGCCCCAGCUCUACCCACUGCAGCCCUUGCAGGAGGACAAGAUGCAGUACCUGCAGGUCCCACCCACGCGGCGCCUCUCCCACGACGACGCAGAAGUGUGGGCAGCUGUCCCGCUGCCAGCCUUCCUGCCGCGCUGGGGCUCCGGCGAGGACCUGGCCGCCCUGGCACACCUGGUGCUGCCCGCCGGGCCCGACCCGCGCCGCGGCAGCCUGCUGGCCUUCGGCAAGGACGCGCCCCCGUUCCGCCCGCGUCGCCGCUCAGCCGAGAGCCUGCUGUCGCUGCGCCCCCCGGCCCUGGACGGCGGCCCGCGCCGCGCCCACGACUCGCCCCCGGACAGUCCCGGCAGCCGGCACCGCCGCCCUGGGCCCGGUGCCGCCUCCGCCUCUGCCUCGCUGCUGCCCGACGCCUUCGCCCUGACCGCCUUCGAGCGCGAGCCGCAGGCCCUGGCUGCGCGCCCGCCUGGGCCCUUCCCCGCUGCCACCGCCUCCGACGCGCCGGAGGGCCAGGAGCCGGGCGAGGCCCCGACGGCCCGGAAGAGCGCCAGCGGAGCCUGGGGCCUCGCCCGGCCAGCGCAUGCCACCCGAAGCCUGCGAGCCCCACCUGACGCGUGCUGGGCGACACCGGGCCUGCGCGUGGCGGGCGGCGACGGCAGCACCAGCAGCUUCCUGAGCUCGCCGUCCGAGUCCUCCGGCUACGUCACGCUGCACUCGGACUCACUGGGCUCGGCGUCCUAAGACCCCCGGCGCCUCUCCAUGGACACCGGGCAGGCCGGGCCGCCCACGGGACACAGCACCAAAGACGCCACCCCUGCCCCGCGCGCAGACAUGUGCUACCCCUCCCAGGGGCGAGGGGACGGCAGCCUCAGCGCGUCUGUCCUGCGGCUCCUCCCUGCUGGCAUUGCCCCGAGGGUGGCUGCUGGCCUGGAUGACUGCUAGGCAUGGCAUCCUCGGGGGCACAGCGAGGCUGGGCUUGGGUAGUCAGUGACGUGUGCACGUCUGGCUGCGCUUUCCUCAGCCCCGGGAAACCGGGCUGGGAACGCUGGGACGGGGCCACAGUCAGACAAAACAUAGCCCAGCCUUGGAAGGGCAGGAAGCCACUGCACCACACCCUGCACGUAACUGCACCUGGAGGGGGGUGCAGAGAGUCUCCAAGCACAGGGGUCUUCAGAGCCCAAACAAGCCCUCUGAGCAGGUCUCCCUGUUUGCGACCAGUUCUGCCUCAGUUUCCCCAUCUCUGAUGAGCAGGUGACCACGUUAACUCUCAGGGCGGUUUGAAGAAGUCUCCUGGUCCAUGUACUCUGGCCACUGAGCGGACCAGGUGUGAGAGGUAGUCUAGCACCCCCUGUGGGUCCUUUGUGGGGGUCAGUUUUAAGCAGGUGGCCUGGUGUUGGCACCCCAGGCCUGAGGCCUCCCUCUCUCUGUAGCCCUUAUUCCCUCGGGAACUCACACUCCACCCCAGCUAAGCACAACACCUGCAUUGGCACCACAGCCACCGCGACCACCAUUUUAAACCCCACUCUCAUCACUCUGCCAUCACUGCCUGUCCCCACCACAUCAGCCACCUCUCUGACCCCCUCCAUGAAAGCUGUAGGUACCUGGUGGAGAGGACUAAAGCAGAGGGGCCUGGACUCUUGUCCUGGUGCCCAUCCCCAACCUCACCUCCCCCACCUUGCCAGGAAGGGAUCCUGGCUUACCAGGUUUCCAGACUCUAGAUUCAAGUACCUGGCAAGGGUUCUCUCUCCCAGGGACAGGGCUGUGUUUUGCUCUCCUUCCUGGGCAGACCCCCUGCAGGCCUGAGGUUUACCGUAGGCCCUGGGUCUUCCCAGGCUAAGGAGAGACCCAGGGCCAGCUGUGACCUUGAGCUGGAAGGACAGGGGCCAAUGCAGAGGCUGUCUCCUCUAGGCCCUGCUUCUCUGUGCAGUGGCCCCUCAAUGUGAAGGCCUGGAGCAGUGCCCAAGGCCAGCACAGAGCCGGCCUGUGCCCUAUUCCCUCUGCCCCUCGAGUGGCCAAGCCCAUCUCUUCACUCUCUGGACAGGGUCCAGAGGGUGCUAGGGGGAAGCUAUCUAACUGUCUCUGCCUCAAAGGCCACUCCAGUCCCUGUCUGUGGGGUAACUAGGGGAUGAGCUGGCCACAGGUGAGCAAGGCUGGGGACUGCGGUCCAGCCAUGGACAUGCAAGGGGCCACUUCUGGCCAAUGCUGCUGUGCCUUCAAGGACCGAUGUGUCAUGUGGGGGCAGAGGUCACCAACUAGCCACUGUCUCCAUUUUAGGGGCAUUUGUCCAUUUGUCACCUUGGGUUUUCACCCAUUUGUCACCUUGAGUUUUUGCUCUGUAUGUUUCAUAUCCAACGGCAAUACUUGCUCCAAUCCUGGAGUUUCUACAAAAAUUAAGGGGAGGAUCCCCAGGGCAAGACCUGGGGCCAGGGCUCUCCUACGCUUGCCCAGCCUCCAGGCCUGUUAGCUGCAUUUAUAAGGAGCUUGACCCUGGGCUUCCUGGGGAGGGAGCUCUGUCUUCAUACCACCACCCAGCCCCAGAAGCCAGGAUCCCUUUGUAGUUUUUUGACAACUGAGCAUUUCUUCUGUACAGGACCCAAUAAAAAUUCCUUAUGAUUUGCA